UUUAACCCUGUCAGUUUGCUCACAGACACAUAAACUGCGCGAUACUCCUCCGACAUUCAUCCCUCACUCCUGUCACCAGCAGAGAAUAUGAUCUGGUUUUGCAUCAUGGUGGUGUUGUCAACUGGUCCAGUUAUGUGUGAUGGAAGCAUUGACACAAGCCGUGUCAGGGUUUUCCCAGCAGCAAACCGCAGUAUUGCCGGAGUGUUCAUGGUUUCCCACAUAAAUGACGUCCAGCAGCUUCAGUAUGCCUUUGACACCUCUGAAGCUCGCGAAAUUUGUCAGUCACUUGGCGUGAACAUUGCAUCCAAAUCUCACGUACAGCAAGCUCUCACGAGAGGUUUAGAAACAUGCAGGUUCGGAUGGACUGAUGAACAUUUUGCAGUGAUUCCUCGCAUCAAUGCUGCGUCAAAUUGUGGUCAGAAUAAGACAGGCUUGGUGACAUGGCGAGCUUCUGUCACACAAAAAUUUGAUGUUUUCUGCUUUAAUGAAUCAGUUAUGGUGACACAACUAGAGAACAUAACUGAUCGCCCUGUGAGUCAAACUCUGAUUCCUUCUGAGGCAACAGUCUACACAGACUCUACGUCUCAGUCCUACAUGGAUCCUUUCAUCCCCGAUUCAUCAUCAAAUCACACAAUACUAUUAAAGCUCAUGGACAAUGCAAAAAGCACAAGAGCAAAGACUGUGCUCAUCAUCUGUUCCUGUGCCGUGCUCCUUGUAUUUUUAGUCAUCCUUGCAUACAUAAAGCUGAAGAAGAGACGAUGGCCGAGCUCUGAUGUGAAACAGGAGGAGUGCAUGGAGACAGAAGACUGCAAGAGUAUGAAGACCAUAAAGGAAACGACAGAACGUCCUGAGGAACAGGACCAGAUAGAUGUGUGCAACGAUGCAAGUUAAACGUCACUCUGACACGAUGCUUUGCAGAAACACUCCAUGGAAACGUGUUCAUCAGCGCGCUCUAAAGUCAUGACACAAAACUGAUGCCAAGACAGCUCUUGUGGACACUAUAAACCGACUAUGAUUUCAAGGUUACUAUUUCAAUUCAAGGUUACAUGUUUACACUAUCAGACUAUCAGUACUCAGUGACAGCUGUCAUUACUAAUCAUUUUUUAAACCUUCAUAGUCUUUGUGAUUUAUGAAUUCUGAGGGCGAGGUGGCUCGUAUUUGAUCGUCUGUGUUGACAUUCAUUCGGAUAAAUUUAAAUAACAUUGCUGGGUGCUUAAAUUUGACUUUUGUGCACAAAUGCUACAUGUAUGAAACUCAGUGGUUUCUGAUUGUAUUUAUUUCAGUGUGUACGUCAGUGAACAGUGUAUCUGUACAAACACAGACUGGGGCGUUCAUGAAUUUCUGAUAUAUUUGUAAUGCCUACAUCUAGAGUGGUAAUGUGUUCUUAACAUCCUGUUCUUUAACUUUAAUUCAAUUUGAUGUUUGUCAUGUUGUGUUUACUUAUGUGUUAUUUUAUUUUAUUUUUAUUUUUUUUGCAGUGUUUGUAGUACCUUUUUAUAGUGUUGCUAACCCUUGCAACAACAUUAAAGACUUUCCUGUUCAUGUUUGUUUGCAGAA